AUGAAGGACUUUUCUAGUGAAAGGCUUGAAAACUUUAAUACUGAAUUGAAAGAGUUAAAAAUAAAAGAACCUGGGAGGCUAUGUUUCAAACUUAUAUAUUUCAGGUCGGAUUAUCGUCCUUAUGAAAUAGACAAACAGCCUCGCCAUGCACCAGAAGAAUAUAAACCAAAACAGGGGGUGAUUGAUCUUGGCACCACCUACAAACGGGAUUUUAAUUCUUACAAAGUGCAUCCUGUGGUGAUAGUUCGGCCUCUGGAGAGACAACAAGUUAAAAAAGGAAAGCUGGACACUGUCCCAACCUAUAAAGAUGAUUAUAGAGCUUGGGACAUUCAGAAAAGUGAACUCUACAAGCCACAACAAACUUACUAUCCCCCUACUGUGAGAUUUGGAAAUUCAACAACAUUUCAGGAUGACUAUGUCCCUCGGGAGAUAAAGCCCAGACAAAGCUGUAAACCCAGCCCCGCGGUCGAACGCUCUACCAUCCCCUUUAGCGGUAACACAAGUCAUCGCCUUGAUUAUGUGCCUCAUCGACCCGAAUUCAAGUUGGCCAGGCCAAAAGACAGCUACAAGCCACCCGACCAGCCCUUGGAGGACCUCACAACUCACCGAUGUGACUUUCAGGGUCUCGUCGGUGAAAUGGCAAAGAUCUGCCGACCUGCACACACCAGAGUGGCCCAGGGCGCUCCAUUCGAAGGAAGCACCGAGUUCCGGGACAGUUUUCAAGAGUGGGCACUCCCAGCACCGCAAGUACAUAAAGCGCUGGAGUACGUCCCUCCCGCAGGCACCAUGCAGCUGGAGAGCACCACCCACCUCGACUAUGUCCCGCAUCAGGCCACGCGUGUGCUUCCUAUCAGGCCUGCUUCUCGUAGGAGAAAUCAUAACUUUCCUUUCCAAGGAAAGAGCACCACGAAGCAAGAUUUCCCAGCAUGGGAAAGCUGCCGUCAGGGACUCAUUAAGCAGGAGCCGCAGAUCCCCAGCCCAUCCGGAAAAUUCGAUGGCCUGAGCACUUUCAGGUCUCACUACGUGUCCCAUGAACUAAUUCCCACCAAGAGCUGCAAACCUGCGGAUGCUCCCUUGAAGAGGUCGCUUCCGUUUGAUGACGUCACCACGUACUCUCUGGAGUAUAUGCCCAAGAAACUGGAGACCUGCCCGGCUAGCUACCCUUCCCCUCCUGGCUACCUGUUUGAAACUACAAAUUCCCGAGGUCAUAAAUUCUUCCGCAAGAUCGCUCCCGCGGUGAAGGCCUUCUAAUUCUCAAAUCACGUUUAAAAGGAAGCGGACUCACCGCAUGUUGGCUUCUCAAGGACAAAAUCAAUUUUCUAUAGUAGAAAGAAAAAAAUUUUUAAGUGAAAACUAAUCAUUUUUUAAAUUUUUAAACAAGAAAUUUAGAAAAUCUGUCAGAGGAAAUCAGGAUUUUAAAAUCCAUUUCGAAUUAAUAUUUUAACCAAGAUUGUUCUUUAGUAUGUGUUUCUGAGACUUAAAUUAUGUACAUUCCCAUCAGAACUAUUUUUAAUCGCAACAUACUGUUUGGUAACUUGUUUCAAUCUAUUAUAAUUUAUACUUGAGUUUAUACUUAUGUCAAGUAUAUGGUUAUUCACAUAGGUGUUAUCAUUCAUCAAGUGCCUUAGGACUUUUCUAGAGCACCACGGAAAAUGACACACGGAUUCUUCUUUCAAGACAACAGUAUUUUUCUCCUUAGACUUCAAGGCAUCUACGAGGUGUUCCCUGAGUCAGGUUUUCAUUGGUGGCUGUUAAGAUGGCUGCACUGCUCCUCACAGGGUUCAGGUUAGUGAGAGGUACCCUCGGGGAAAUCUAAGGCUGCGUGGGUUGGAAAUCUAAGCACCCGAGUUCACAGUUCCAAUGAUGUUAAUUUCUAUUUGUGUUGCCCUAGGCAAGUGACUCUUGUCUUUGAGUCUCAGUGUCUUCAUUUGUAAAAGAAUGUCUGCUCUGUCUACCUCACAGAAACUUUGCUCUGAGCAUCAGAUCCUGUGAUGCCUUGAAAUCCACAAAGUAAGAGUGCAAACCAAGAAUCAGGGGUUGUUCAUAAGUCACCUAAUCUCUUUUUGUACCUGUUCCUCCAUUUUCAUAUUAGAAUUCCCUACUCAAUACUCCCUUUCUGGCCUGUAGCAAGGAUUGUAGAAUAACCUAACCUGCUUCGAGCUGAUGAGGAGUAUGAUUUCUGAGAGGAGUCUUGCCCUCUACAGCUUCACAAGCACCCUAGAAAUUGUUACAGAGAAUGGAGAGUGUGGGUAGGGGAAUAAUGUGGUUUGAAUGACACUAUUUCCAAAAAGGAAAAAGCAUUUGCAGAAGUUUAGAGUAUGACCAGCAGCUCUGAAGAAAAUGUUCAGGGUAACCGCAGGCAGUUAUGCACCCAAUUGCCACUCCCAGAAUCAGUGUAGAAGAGCCAGGCUCAGUAUGAGCACAGUUAUGUCCUCUUCUCCCUCCAGUGUGAAGAGCAAUUCCAAGAAGGGAGGGAGGGAAGGGAUGGUGGCAGCAAGUGAAGUAGACAGGACAGGCUGUGUACCUAAAUGCUGAACAUCCCCUAACGAAUGAGACCCUCUCCCCCAACCCCCGCCACGCCAUGCUGCAUGUGGGGUCUUAGUUCCCAGACCAGGGUUCGAACCCGUGCCCCCUGCAUCAGAAGUGUGGUGUUCCAGCCACUGGAUCGGCAGGGGAGUCCCAUGAAAUAAAUUCUUAUUGGGUGUUUUUCGGGGUAAUAUGAUUUAUUUUAUCUUAAAAGUUUAGUAUUGUAGUUUUAGAAUUGUUUCAAAACAUAUAUCCAUAACUGAGAAUAAGUCCAUCAACAUUUGGUUAAAGUAUUUUUCAUUAUGUGGCAGUAAUUUGUUUUUAUUUACUUUUGU